ACUGCACAAAAUACAGUCUUCAAUCAACCGAUGCUUCCUAACCUAACUGUAUUGAUAAAUUCAGAUGACUUGAGAUGUGAGGAGUUGGGUCUUCCAGGUAAAAAACAUGCAAACUCUUGCUCAAUUGGUCUCCUUCCGAUUUCUGAAUCCCAAUUCCCCUCGCCUUCCCAACUUUAAACAAGGUGUCUCCAAACCAUAUUGCUGUCUAAGAAAGCAGAGCAAAGCAAGUCUCAGAAACACUUGGCCAUCGAUCUCUCUCUCACUUCUUGCCUCUGGUUUCUUCUUGGGUCCCCUUAUUGAUGGACUUCAUUCCAGGGUAAAUCUUGUGGUAUACCAAAAUGGGGCAAUUGAUAUCGGUCCUCUUCACACGAAUAUCUGGGUUCCUCCCUUGCUUGCAUUGUUUUACUGCACUGUUGGAUUGCUGCAACUCUUUUUGGAUGAAAAGGUCUCUUCCAAUGUUCCCCAGGGAAGCCCAGAGAAAACUGCCGCAUCACUAAUAGCAUUGGUGCUAUUUAUUCAAUUAAGUGCUGCAUUGUACCAAGCUGGAGUACCAUACAACAUUGAAGCCUACAUAUUGUUUGCUGGGGCUGAAUUCAUAUGGUUGUUACUGGAUAGAACCUGGUUCGGUUUUGCACUAGCUAGUGCCAUAGGCCUUGGUUGCCCACUGGCUGAGAUUCCAAUAAUGAAGUAAGGCAGUCUCGACUCUCUUCUUCCUUAAUGAAAUCGGAAACAAUCAUUUAAUUGAAGAAAUCAUAGGUGUCAGUUGAUCUUUCUCAUUUUCAUAUUCAGGUUUUUCCAUCUAUGGUACUAUCCCCAAGCUAACAUUGAGAUCUUUGGCCAGGGAUUUGUCACUUGGACGAUUACCUGUUAUUUUGUUUACACGCCAUUCUUGAUUAAUUUGUCACGUUGGAUCAAAGACUUUGUCACUGCUGCAGCUACUGAUGGGAAGUCUGCCUAGACAUAUGUCAGAAGUGAUUCUAUAACUCAAGUGGAAGUUUGAUGAAUUGACUCAAUCUAAACGAAUUCUCGAUGUACCUAGUUGAGUUUUAUCAACAUGAUGCAUUAUAAAUAGAACAACCAUAGUGGUAGCGGCCUCUACAUGAGUUGUUCAAAGUUCUAACAUUUGCAGACACUCAAGGCCAAUAGUUGGAAUAUCAUAAAGUCAGCAGGU